AUGAUUUCUUCAUCAGUGACAGCUGAUAAUAACAAAGGGUCAGCAAAAGAGACUGAUCAUGCAGAUAUACAAACCACCGACACUUCAUCAUCAUCAUCACCAUCAUCACAUUCAAAUGCUUCCACAGAUUCAUCAGCUUUGCAGCAGCAGCAGCAGCAGCAACAACAAGAAGAUAAUAAUAAUAAUAAUAAUAAAAAAGAAGAAGAAAAACAAGAGAAAUCAAUUCAACAAGAUAAUCAAGUCGAUGACAAAAUGCCGUUUGACAUUUAUUUGGAGAAUGCCACCGAUGUAGAAAAUUGCAUUGUUUUGGUAUCAUUGGGCAAGAUUAUUGUCGACGAUGUCAAGGAUGGUGUUCCGACCUUUCAAAUGUCCAUCGGAAAACAGAUCUCGACAGAAAAAAUCAAGUUUGAUCCAACCACCGUCGUCACUUAUCAAAUACCCUUGUCAAAGAAAUCAUAUACUGUGAUUGGAGUCCCUGCCAUUCCGGUGUUUGUUACGUUUUUGGUUAAAGCAAACGGUGGAUGUUACUAUACCCACAAGCUCAACGAAAAGGUUUCUCAAGAACAGAAUCUCAAGUCUGUCCUCGAACCAAUGAACCUUUUUCACUCCUUUAAAGACUAUAAAGUCGCCUCAGUCGAUUCACUCAACAUUCAAAAAAUAUUGGGAGGGUCAAGACCAAUACCAUCAACCAACAACUUGGAUCUACCGGUCAACACAAUUCAAAUCAACAGAUUCCGAGGUGAGGGCGAUCAAAAAUGUUUGAUCGACUUUGGCAAGAGAGAGUUGGAGUGGCAGACAGAAGGAAAGAGAAUCGUCGUGGGAUUCUCUCAAAUCUCUCAAAUCCUAAUGGCCAAUGAAGCUGACAUAACAUUCAGAGUGAGCAGUCUACCCGGGUUUUUUGAUUUAGAGAGUGGAAAGAAUAUUCAAGAUUUCACAGACUCCUAUAAUCAAAUAGAAUAUCACAUUGUUGUUCAAUUCAAGGAAAUGAGCAAGAGAGACCUCGAUUUAUUCAAGAUUUCAGAGUUGGGAGCAAAGAUUUCAAAUAAAAUCCAAUAUGUUCCAAUCGGACCAACACCCGAGAAACUAGCCUCACCACCACAAGGACAACAAGUGGAGAGCAAACCAUUGUCACAGUUGGUCAUGUCAUUACUCGACCCUCUAAAUGCUAAUCUACCAGACAAUGAUAAAUUUCUCUACCUCAUAAAUGCAUCCAAUGACAAUUUGUUAGAUCAAGUGAACAAGCCAUACAUUUUGGAUAAAAUCGUAAAAGAGCUUGGUGAAAUGCUUUCCUUUUUUGUACUUAUGAAAAUUGACAAUCAUUGUGGUCAAAAUGGAAUUAAUAACAGACAAUCGAUAUUUCAUCAUUUUUAUCUACGUAUGACGCGCAAUUUUAGACCAUGGCAAAAUGGAAACGAAUUUCUUCCAAUCUUGAAAGAUUUCAUCAAAAGAUCAAUUGAUUUGCCUUGGCAAGACCCUCAUAUCAUUCUCUGCUUGGGUAUUCCAUUUCUAAAGAUUGACCCAGAAAUCUUUAGUUUCACUUUGCAUUUUGCCGAAGAGAAUAACAUUCUUUUCUCAGUAUUAUAUUACCUAAAGAGAGAGAUUUCUGGAAUCACUCUAGCCUACACAAAAAUUUUGAUACAAUCAUUUAUCAAACAAUUUAAAAUUUUUGAAGAUGAUAUAAAAAGUGAUUAUAAACCACAUGUCGAUUUAUUUAACAAAAUCUUACAGGAGAUACAACCACACCUCUACAUACAGGUACUACAUGAUCAAAUUGCCAUCGUUCCAAAACAAGUCAAAUCACUUGUUUACAGAUUCCAUAUUUAUUGCCAACUCCUCAACAAUGAAAAAGAUUUCAAAGAUACAGCAACAAUUGGAGGAAUUCAAAACUGCCUUUUCCAACUGUUCCGUCUAGACCCAGAACGUUUCAUCAAAGAGAGUACAGACAAAAGCACGACAAUACAAAACAGAUUGUUAAAGUUGGUUUCAGAUAAAGUUUUGCCAGUGGCAACAACAGGCAAAGGAGGAAAAGAACAAGAUGAAGAGAGUCUGGAAAACAAUUUGGCCCAAUCGAUUGAUGAUCAAACAUCACCUCCCCCACCACAAGAUCGAAAAGAGUUAUUCUCGCCUUCUCAUCAUGACAACACCACCUUUUCCACUCUCCAAAACAAGAUCAUCGAGCGUAUGAGAGUCGAGGAAUUGGCCGAUUUAUCUUUGAAGCGAUCUCAGUGUCUCAUCCCCGUUCCAAAGACAAUCACUACAUCAUCAGAGUUAAUCAAAAAGAUUUCAAUGGUUGAGGAAUCUUUUCAUCGAGGCCCUCCUGACACCAAACUAUCGUCCUCUCAGUUUACAACUUUCAAAACUAUAUGUGAAACGAUCACCAACGAGAAAAGUUUAGAGAAUGUUAACAUUUCAAAGAUAUUCUCAGAUCUACAACAAACAGUACCUCCAACACUCAUUUAUAUUCUAUUGGCAACUUAUCAACUUGAAAAACUAAAUUUACAACACAAAAUAAUAGUCGCCCAAUGGCACACUGGAUUAAUGUUGAUUAACACUGAUCACCAUUGGAAUGAACAGGUCGAGGGUUAUAAUACCCAAAAAACAAAGUUUAUACAAACUAUAGAUGAUAUUGCCAACAAGAUGAAGUUAAGAUGGAAAGACUCUUUUAGUCAACAAUAUACUAUCAUUAAAACUAUUUUGGAAGUUGUCAACAAAAAGAUUGAACCAUCAGAGGUCAUAAGUGAACGAUAUUACAAGCAUGUCUACGAGUUGAAUGGUCUUUUCCGAUUGGUUGAUUAUCUCGAUCAACUUCAUAUUCCUAUUCAAGUUAAAAGAGACUAUGAAUCAAACCAUGAACCACUCGACCAAAUCAUCGCAACAACAAAGGAGUUAAUUACAACUAAAACCAAAGGCACAAAGUAUAGAGUAGAAACUGAUGCUACCAUUAAAUUCCUUUGUCACUUUGCCAGCAGCAGCAGUGCCAAUAGUAGUAACGAUACCGAUCAACAUCAUCUUUUUAACAUUAUCUUUUAUUACUAUGAUAAUGCAAUGUCGUACGAUGGAAGAUCAAUGGAUGACAUUGUAAAAGAAGUUUCAACAUUUAUGAAGCAAUUGUUGGACACCAAGAGUGAAAUUCCUUUGAAUAAUAUAUUCAAAUCGUUGGUCGUGGAAGAAAGUACUAUCAAUUUACAAAAAGAAUUAAAAUCAAUGUAUUUAUUCUUUGAGCCUCACAAGCCAUUCAAUUUAGAAUUAGAAAGUCAAUUGAAAGAUUUUAUUCAACGAGCCAAGUCAUUGUUUGGUUAUCGAGAUAAUAUUAAAUAUUUAAAUAAUUUUUUCGAAACAAACAAUUAUCUGGUUAUCACCAACAAGGAUAAAGACAUAGCCAAUGUUCACGAAUUUUUGAAAGAUAUUGAUCAAGAAAAGAUGACAUUGGGUCAAAGCAAGAGUAAUUUGGAAUCUUUGAAGCCAUUAUUAGCAGGAUUGGAAUACAACGAAUUGGUAAUCUUUGAAUACAUCAAUCCAUCGAUUUUACAAUUCUUUUCACAAUUUGGAAAAGAUAUCAAAGAGGUUCAGAACAACUUUUCAACAAAGAAUCAGAUUCUCACAACCAAUCACCUUUCAGACACUUAUAACUCUGCAUUGAUGAAUGCAUCGGUCCACACACUUCAGAUGAUAGAGAGUUUUGUAGAAUUGUAUCUCUCCAAACCAGUGACACUUAAAAGUAUCACUGAUAUUUGUUCAAAGGUCAAAUCGUUGACAGAAGGAUCCAACUUUGCCAAAUCACUGUUACAUUUAAAAUCAUUUGGAACCAAUUUACCACAAAUCAUUGGAUUGUAUGCAUCAGCUGGUGGAUAUGAUUCUGGAUCAAUCAAAGCAUCGGUCAAUCUUAUUCUUGAAGGCUCGGAAUUUAGAUCAACCACCUCCAAAUCUGUCGGUGGUUCUUCUGGAUGGUUGAUUGCCACUGGUAUCGACAAUGCAGCAAUGAAAAAGGAACACACUCAAGAGGCAGUCAAUGAUUUUGUUCAAGGUCUCAAGUUUUUCUCAAAAGGAGAACAAAUGCAACAUGCAGAUCACUUUGAAAAUAUUGUCAUCCAACUCCGUUCCAUUCACGAGUUGCACACCAACCUCGAUCGUUUAUAUCAUCAAAAAUAUCUUGAUGGGAUGAUUAGUAUCAAAGUCGAUUCGCAUUGCUUGGCUAGCCUUCAAGCAAAAGCAUCAGAGUUGCAGAAGGACCUUGAUGAUUGGUUGGAUGAAAUCAAUACUCUUCCCAGUCGAUUGUGGUUACUCAAGAUACAAGGAAUAUCAUCGUUGAUAUUCAACUAUAACUACUUCUUGAAGGGAUUCAAGAUUGUAGACAAUGCAAGUGACACUGUCAAACAAGAGUUUUUCACUGAACGAGUAAACCAACUUGCAUGCGCUCUCUUGCCAUUUAUCAAGUACUGCUAUCCAUAUUCAUUAACAACACAAGAAGGGAUCUUUAGUGCAUUGAUCGAAUUGAAUCUAUUUGAAGAUAUCAACAAGCUUCCACUUACAAACGAAUUCUUUACCAAGUUGAUCGAUUAUUUGGAUAAAAAGUCGAAAGAGAAAGAAAUAUCAUGGGAGGAAGACAUUUCAGAGAGAGGACCAAUUCUGGUUCCAUUACAAGACAAAAACAACUUGUACAACUGUCUCAUGCAAUUGAAUGGGUUUGUUCUACCACAUCCAUCACAAUUGUUCUAUGGAUCAUCUCUCUCAAAAGACUUUGAAAUCUUUAAAAAGAUUGUUGAACAGUACAGAGGUUCAUGUAUAUUCCUCGUUGGUAUCCCAUCAGACAAGAUAUCAUUGCUCAACUGGCUCUCUGACAAGUACAGUUCUGGUGACUUCAAGAAUUUGACUCGAAUUUAUAUCAUCACUGCUACCAAAGAUGCCACAUUGCUCGACCUAUUCUCGUUUAUUGAACUGAAUUCAACAUCGUUUGAAAAGAAUUGGCAACCAUUCAAAGAUGAAUGGGUUGAUAAUCGAAGAGGAGUACACAGCCUUCAGCUUGUAUCUGGACCGAGUGGCACUGGAAAGAGUUUCUUUAUUCGUUCAAAACGACAAGAGAUUGCAUCACAGUUCAUCACAGUUCAUGUUCGUCCAAACUAUCAAAUCGGAGGGUUUAUCAAAAAGCUCAAGAGGUUGGUUAAGGAUGCAAAUCGUUCAAACAAAGGCCAAGAAACGGUCACAGUUCACUUUAAACUAUCACCCUAUUGUGACUUUGAAGCAUUCAUCACAACGAUCUAUCCAUUGAUCACACAAGGAUACAUAUUUGGCGAUGGUAUCAAAGAUUUUGUAAGUGUAUCUGAUCACUUGAAAUUGGCUAUCUUUGUCGAGAUUGGUGACCCUUUGUUAGAUGCUCACUACCAAUCACACGAACAAUACCUCCUCGAUACUGUAUCACUCAUCUUCAACUUGUCGAUGCAUUACUUCCAACCCAUGACAGAUUGGGAGAUUGGUGAUGCCGAACUCAUAUGUCUUGCCUGCCACGAACAACCACUCGGUUAUUACCAGUUACCAGAUCAAAGAAAGGCACUAUCAGUCAAAGAACCAGACUUUAUCAACUUUGUGAUGCGUGUAUUGAAUACUUUUGACUACAAACCAAAGUAUUUGAAGGAUAUUUUGUAUUUGACACAGAAAAAGACAUUCUUUAAAUUGCUCAGCGAGAGAUUAGAGUUCCUCAACAAACUCUAUUACCCCUUUUACAUCAAUAUUCCAACUGUGGAUGAAGAACCAGAAUUGUUGAAUCAAUCCUCAUUAUUACCUCCCCAUGAACUCUUCCAGUUCUUUGUUUACGAAUCUGCCAAAUUAGCAGAUCCAAUUUACUCUUCAACUUCGAGUAUUUGGGCCAAUCCUCCUCUCAUCACUGCAAGAUCAAAACAAGAAAUGCAAGCAUACGAUGAAGAGUCUGGUAGGUUCAUGGAUGGAUGUACUGUCAACUACAUUGCACUUGGGCCAUCAGACUAUGGCUUGGAAAAGCGUGUUGAAACUUUGAUCACAUACGACAAGGUCAAAAACGAUACAACAUCCCUUAGAUUGGCCAUUGCAACAGCAUUUGGUAUUGACAAGACCAAUCUUAUUUAUUCACUUUGUACACGGUUUAAAUAUGUCAUCACAGCAGACUUUGCAGUUCGUCUGAUCAUCCUCCAUUGCAAGGCAAAGAAUACCAAAUCAUUGGUGCUGACUGGUGACACUGGUGUUGGAAAGACUCACAAUCUUCUCUUCUACUCUCUUCUCAUCAAUGCGAUGGUUCUUCCAGAUAUCGCAUAUGAUAUCAAAGAAUAUAUCAACGGAUACAUUGAACAGUUCCCUGACUUGCUCAAAAAGUAUACAGUCGUUGCCAAAGUAGAUGAUGAGGUUCAAUUGACAGACGAGCAAAAGAAAAAUGUUAAAAUGUCUGACAAGCGAAAGGAAAGGAUUCUAUUAAAGCUUCUUCCAGGUAGUCCUCCACUCGAGAUGGUACUGGAAUUCCUUACUCAUAUUGCAGACUAUGACCCAGAUCAGGAAAUCGACUCAGUUCCAAAGAAACAAUUUUCAUUUUUAGAAUUUUGUCAAGGAAUGGAAAAGUUGGUUAUUGGUAUACUUGAAAAGAAUCAGCUCAUCGAUAUCAAUUCCUCUCAAAAGGCACUCCUUGCCGAGUUAAAGUCCAAUCCAUCGGGAGGUAUCAUCACCAAAAAGGAUCAGUUGUUCCAAUGCAUCAAAGAGAUCAUGACUGUGAACUUUAAGAAUCUGUUUGAAAGAAUUAUCAUGCAUCAAAAGUAUAGUUCUGAUCAAUUCAUUGACAAGGUUAAAUCAAUCAUCGAGCAGGCAAACCCUCUCGAAUCGAUUGGAGUGGAUCUCAAGUUGGUUGUAUUUAUCGAUGAAUUCAACACAGCACCAGAUGAUACAUUGGCAUUGAUCAAUGAAGUAUUUACUGAUGGUGUAUUGGAUGGUUGUACUGUCAUUCCAGAUAACAUAUUCUGGGUUGGUGCAAUGAAUGAACCAAAAAAGGUCCAAGGUUCUGAUGACCAGAAAUUGGUGGACAACACGAGUGCCGACAACAAAUUGACUAUGGACCACACUGGUAUCGAUACCAAAUCGACGACAGAAUCAUUUGUUGUCAAACCCAUACCACCAUCGAUGCGUCACCUCACACUCAGUUAUGGAGAGUUUUCAACAGACAAUGAAACACCAUUCCUCGAAUCAUUGUUCACUCUCCGUCCAAAUAUUUGUCCAAUGAUCAAAGAUGUGUGCAGCACCAUUGGUCGAAGAUUACGCAUUGUAACAGCCAAAAGUCCCAUGGAUCAAUUUAAACGAUUUAUUCUUGUUGGACAAGAUGCACUUCGACAGGUCAAACAAGCACGUACACAUGUAUCGAUCCGUGAUAUCUAUCGUGUCAUUGAUCUUUACAGUUUCUUUAGAACUCAUCAAGUUGGUAUAUCCAUUCUCAAUGUUGCUAUUGGAGACACAAACAAUUCAGAAGAAAUCAUUCAUUGGUGGUCAAUGAUCGUCAGUAUGGCACUAUCUUAUUAUAUUCGUGUUGAUCCAGCUUCACGUUCGACUAUGCUUUGGUGUUUCAAUGAAUAUUUAAGUCAAGAGGCACCUAGAAAAGUUGGUAUCAAGAACAUUGGGUUUUUAGGAGCGUUUAACAAGGUCAUCAACUCAUUCUGCAGUUCAGAAUAUACUACUCUACCAGCUGGUAUUGCAUUGACAGAUACACUCAAACUCAAUAUAUUUACUAUUGUCGUAUCAAUCAACACUUGUAUUCCGAUUUGUAUCGUUGGACCACCAGGUUCUUCAAAGACACUGUCAUUCACUAUUGUACUCAACAAUAUCAAUGCCAACAAGAAUGACAACACAGCCACCACCAUCAAAGGAAAUGAAUCACCUUGGAGAUUGAUGGUUGGUGCAGAUCCAUUCCGUUACCAAUGCACACCACACACCACCGAUAUAGAGAUCAAGAACAACUUUGAAAAUGCUAUCAACCGUCAAAAGGUGUACAACAUAUCUGGUGGUAAACGAGCAACAGCAUUCUUUGAUGAAGCAGGUCUUGUCAAUGAAUUUGACUCACCCAUGAAGAUUAUGCACGACUAUCUCGAUAAUUUGGCAAAAAAGAUUGAUCAAUCAGAAGCAGAGAUAUCAAUCAUCAUUCUUUCAAAUCGUAUUCUCGAUGCUGCUAAAACAAGUCGUAUGAUGAUGCUCAUGCACCCACAAACCAUUUCCAAUGAUGACAAGAUGAUGUUGGUCAAAGGAUGUCUGUUCAAGGAUAAAAAUACCAUCAAUCAAAUCGACGUUUCCAAAGCUCUCUGCUCCGCCUACAACAAGGUCAACACAUUUGCCAAAUCAACCAAACCAGAUAUGUUCCAUCAACGAGAUUUUGUUUACUUUUUACAUCACUUGGCAAGAGGAAUGCAUCAAAACAACAACUAUCUCAGUCCACAAGUAUUGGCAACGAGUAUCGAACGUAACUUUGGUGGUGUUCCACCCGAUCAGAUGAAGAAAAUCAUUUCUAUGUUUAUGGAUGAAAUGGCUUUCCACAAUCAAAAACAAUUUAUCAAUGCUGACUAUGACAGAAAUGACAACACGAUCACCAGAAUACAAGAAUCAUUACAAGAGAAGUUACAACCAACAGAAGAUCCAGGAACAUGUCCAUUCAGAUACAUCAUGUUAAUCGAUCCAACCGAGAAUGAAUCAUCACUCAUGGUACUCAAGGAAUUAGGUAUCAAACACAAGGUCAUCAGAGUUGGUGGAUUCGAAAACGACACACAAACCAGCAGUUUGAUCGAUGUUGUCUCUCAAAUCAAGAAUGAAAUGUCAGAAGGUGAAACUGUUGUGUUGGUCAAUACUCAAUCGAUUGAUGCAUGUUUCUAUGAUGUAUUCAAUCGUUACUUUACCAAAAUGCCACAUGACGAUAAGAUCUUGACAAUGGCCAAUGUAUCAUUUGGUACACAUACAGUAUUCUGCCAAGUACAUUCAGACUUUAAGAUUAUUGUCCACUUGCCACAAUCUCGACUUCCCCAAACACCAUUACCAUGGUUAAACAGAUUUGAAAAGUAUCAUCUUUCAAUCAACACAAUGGUUGACCACUAUAUCUCUCAAAACCUUCCACAACAUAUUGAAUACUUUGAAAAGAUGAAGACAUCCGCCUCUCACUUUGUCAACGAAUUCCAUACUGGAUCAUCAGAGUCACUUCUUUGUGGAUUCUCAGAGACUGGAACCAUCCCAUCAUUGAUCUACACCAUUGCCAAGAAACUCUAUGAAUCUGGAUCCAUCAACAUCCAACCACAACGAGUUGAUACAUUGGUUGGUGUUGCUCAACUACCCAACACAUUCAACUCUGUUGAUCAUUUUGAAUUCCGACUUUUCAACUGGAAAUUAUUACAAAUUGCAAGACCUGAAAGUGUAUUCAGAUGUCUAUCGAUGCCCAAAUCAUAUGUGGAAGAGUUCCUUCUUCGUCAAGAACACUUUAACCUCUUCCAUUUCAUCACUGAUCUCUUUUCCAAAAAGUUUGUCAAAAACGAGAAUGUUUCCAAUCGAUGGAUCUUGUACACUCGAUCUUCAUUGACAUUACACCAUCUCAAAGAUAUCGCAUCUGACAAAACAAUGAAAUCAUUCUAUGAUAUCUUGUUACAGUCUAUAACCGAGAAAGACAAACAAGUACUCGAGAUUGACAAAUUGGCAACACUCCAAAUCAUUCAACUGACAUCAAUCAAGACAAGUCAACAAUGUCAAGAUAUGAUCAACGAGUUUAACAAAGAUGACCGACAAAAGAUAUGUUUGGUCAUUGCAGACAUGGAAUCAAUCAACCAACACCAAGUCAACUUUAUCAACGAACAAUUUGAUACCUCUCAAUCCUCCAAGAUUAUGGUGACUAUUUGUCAUUAUCCAGUUGAAUUCUCAUUGUCAAAUCAAGCCAAAUUGAAUAGUAUCUUCCUCAAUGAUACAGAAUACAUGUAUAUCGAUUCAUUUGGAGUCAAGAUUGAUUCAGAUUUGAUGGAAUGGGAUCCAAACAUCAGAUCAUGGUUGUCAUCUGCUUAUCGAUUAGAUUAUCCAAUAGAUCCCACUUCAUUACAUGACACAUUCGAAUCAAUGUUCUUUACUCAAUUGCGUCUUGUCUCAAACUUGGCAAGCAAUAACAACUACCUUGGUAUGGAGGAUGACCAUAGACUAUUCUACCUUGAAUCUAAAUGUCGUGGUGAAAUGAUCGAGAACCUAUUCAGAGCAAACUCAUCUUGGUACAAAGCAGUUGUCACAUCAUUCACCAACAAAUGGUCAGAAGACGAUCUUUUAAUGACGAUUAUCUCCAACAUUUCCGAUUUGAUUCUCACUGGCAAGUUGACACAUUCAUUUAUCGAUUCAAUCAAAAGUUCAUUGGAAUCAUACUUCUAUCCAGUCAUCUCACAAGUAUUCAAAUUGGUGACCAAUUAUCAAUCAUAUCCAUCAAUCGAAUCACUUGAUGAACCAAGCAGCCAAUUGAUAUCAUCCAAUAUCGCUCAAAGAUACGAACCAAUCCUUCUUUCUCGUUCACCAUCCAAAGAUCUCAACACAUCUAUUCCGUUAUACCAUUGGAUUGCACAAAUCCUUUCAUCACUAUUCGAAAAGGUACUCCACCGAUCAACUAAUCUAAAAAAACAAUCGACAAUAAGCAAUGAUCCUGAAAUCGACAUCGUCUAUGAUCUAUUUGUCAAGUGUGUCAAGAAAGAUCCAUUUGGAAGGGUUGUCGAAUACAUUGAUAACAAUCUUUUGAUGGCUUAUCAAUCAGACUUUAUAAAGUACACACUCAACAUUGACAGAAAUGAUUCAUCACUCAUUGCAGUAAUGGAGAGUUUAUUCUCAGUCAAGCACUCUGGUAUCUUGCAAUACACAGUUGCACAUCACUUUGGAUCAUCAACCAUCAACUUUGUCAACAAUAUGACCACUCCACUCUUACAACUAUCACCAGGCAACAAGAUCAUCAACCAACUGACUGCUAAAAACCUCAAGAACACAGAGACCAUCAAAUCAACAUUCUCUCAAAUAACAAUAGAUAUCAUCUACGAUUAUGUUGUUAAAGGUAAAACAAUUGAUCCAAAUAAUAUUGUAGAAUGGACAUCGAAUUGGGCGUCAUCAAUGACAGAUCUCUUUAAUCGAGUUUCAUUGGAAUCAUUGAUCAAGACAUUGGACAAACAAGACAAACUCAAAGCCGUAUACUUGUCGAUGGUAUAUCAAUUGGUAAUGAACAUCGCAAUGACUGCUGAUGAUAUCGAUAUUCCAGAUCGUUUGAAACAUAUCUAUAACUCAGUCAGACCAAUUACAUUGUUGGACAAGUGUCUCCUCGAAAUCACAACCCAAUUCUCAAACAACUUUAAUUCAUUUGAUAUUAGUUGUUAUUUGGAUGUUAUCGGACCUUUAUCUCACUCAGAGUCCAUCCUCACAGAUUUCCUCAGCAUUAUCAAUAUCGAUGGUUCAUUUGAACAACACAGAGAUUAUCUCAAAAAGAUACCAUUUGGUUGGUUAUGUAAUAUCAUUGCAUUCCAUCGACCAAUUCCAGCUCUCAAAACACAUUACAGAGAGCUAAUCAAUGCCAAGUUUGUCAAUCUAGAGAUCCAAGCCAAUCCAGUGAUGCUUUCUUUAUGUUCAUCACAGAGCACAGAAUUUACAACAUCAACAGACAUGCUCAUUCCUUCAGAUCAAGUUCUUGCAUUCUUCAAGAUGAACAUUGAAGAGUUUAAUCAAUAUCCAAGAAACCCACCAUUGAUCGAUGCAAUCUAUUACAACUUUGUUCAAGAACACAAAGUACGAUUCGAUGACACCAAACAAUCAGAACUGGUUGACCAUUGGCUCAAUCUCUGUAAAAAGACAGAUGCAAUGUCAAAGAUUGAACUUCUUGCACUCAAUACCACUAAUUUAGAAGUAUUUACAAGCAUGUUGGCCAAAGAAUCAUCAUUGGAUACGUUUGUCGAAGGUCUCAAUCUAACAGAGAACAAAGCAUUUGGUCAAAUUAUCAAAGACCUACUUUAUUUGGAGGACACCAAAGAAAAGACAGCACAAAUCAGUUGCAUUUGGAAUAGAAUAUUCUUUUUCAACAAGAUCCAAAAUGAGUCGACAUUGAUUCAGCUUGUCGGAAACCAAAAACUCCUUGAACUACUUGGAUUGGCUGAAUUCCAUAUCACUGCUGAAAACAUUCCAAAUCUAGGUCUCUUACCAUUUGUAUAUUACCCAGACUCACCAGAUGGUAUUGUUUACAACAAGAUAUUGAAAUCAGUUUGUGAUUGUUCAUUGGAUGCAUUCAAUGAAGUAUUGGCACACAACAGUGGAACAACUAAACAACAAGGAUUCUUUAGAAUGUCUCUCUUUUUGAUAUCAUAUCAAAUGUAUCAAGAAAAAAAAGCACCUCAAACCCAAUUCAUCAAACGACAACUCAAACAAUCAGUCAUAGAUAAACUCUCACUUGCCAAAUAUACUCCACUUUUCAACAAGAUUCUUGUCGCACAAUUUGAUUCAACUGUCGUGUUUGACAGACUUCUCAUGACAAAGGAUGAUUCACCUCAAGAUACAUCAGCCAGACAUAUAUGGGUCAAUAGUGUUGCCAUUGCCAUUGGUUCAAACAACAAUUCAUAUCUCUACCACAUGGUUGACAAUAACCCAUUCUUGGUCGCUGGGGAAUAUUAUCCUGCCUGUGAUGGUAUGUUCAGAGACUGUGGUAUGCAGUACGAGAUUGGUAUCGAACCCAAAGCUGAUUGUAUGAAUAACAAUUACCUCAACAAAAUCUUGGUUGGUGUCACUUUUUGGAGUUCGUUUGCAUGGUAUGUUUCAAUUUGCGAUGAAGGAGUUUACGAAAAGUUGAUCAACAAAAAAGAACGUCAUUUUGUCAACGGUGAUGACUUUUUCGAACCUAAAUUUGGUGGACCCUCUCACAAAAAGUUGGUUGACUAUAUUCAUUCCCGUGCAUUAACAUCGUUCAGCCACAUCAUUAAUACAAAGGAAAUCAUCGACGACAAGAUCGAAGCUGACCAUUUCGUGUCUGAGUUGCUCUACAGCAUUUGGAAUGAUUGUUACGACUCACGUGCUCCUCAUAAAAAGUCAACCUUUGCAGGUCACACUGAAGUGGUCGUCUAUGAAAACUAUCUCACUGAAAUGAUCAAGAAUGUCAGAUCACAAUACGCACAACUCAAAGCAGAUCGUCUCCAAGGUUAUGUUGCCAACAGCCUCAUCGCCUCAAUUCGUCAAAACCUCACCAACGUAUUUUCAUCACCACUCUAUGAAUACCAAUCAAUCUUUAACAACUUGGUCAAUCAGUUUGUUAUUGAAGAAAGUCAAACAGACGGGUCACCCAAGGAUAUGGACUUGUUAAUGUAUUUCACAAAGAAUGUAUCAGCUAUUUGCAUCAGCAAAUAUUUCAAGAAUCUGAUUCGUUUCCUCAAGUUGUUCUAUCAAAUGUUUGCAAGAAGAUUACCAGAGAAUUAUACAAACAAUACAAUCUCGGAAUUUGGAUUGAAAUCACCAGACAUCUCAAUGUUCUCAGAAGGUGGUUGUCGUGCUCGUCCAGAAUACGAAAAGAUCAUUCCACCAAUCGAUGAUACCACACUAGUCAGUCAACUAAUCAACAUGCCAGAGCUUAAAAAUGGAGGUGGUGAAAUUAUUAGACUGAUUAACAAUUGGAUGACCGAUACCCAAGGAAAGGUUGUAUCAAAGAUUACUAUUGCUCCAAAGUCAGCCCUAUUUGCAUCUAUUCUCGAAAAAAUGACAGAUAGAUUGCAAACAAUGGAUAUUGGUGAAAUACCAUUCGACUAUGGAGACAACUAUCUCUUGUUGGGAUCCAACUUUGAAGUUGCAGACUAUCAAAAGUUCCUCAUCGAAUCAGUCUCUCAUUACCACCAAUUCCAACGAACCAAUUUCCAUCCAAACUUGGCACUCAUUCAACAAAAGUUGAUCUACAAAUUUGCAUCUGGAAAGAGUACUGGUCGACAACUCAAGAACUUUACUGGUGAAUUCCCAUUCAAAAGAGUUACUGAAUCCAAAGAUCAAACCAUUGAAAAGCUUCCACACUCUCGACUCGUUCCAGAACCAAUCAAAAACUUGAUAGAUAUGAAAGAUCAAUUGGAAUCAAGGAUUUAUGCUCAUGAAAUAGAAGUGUCCAUCUUUGCUCCAAUCACAGCAACAUGUCGAUCUAAAUUGAGUUCAGUCAAGUUGGAAUCAUUUGCCAAUAGUUUGGUAUCAACCAUUACUCGAUUGGUUCACAAGGAAAAGGAUGCUGAAGAUAUCGGUCUUCCAAUCAUGCAUUUCAACUCAAAGUUUGGAAUUGACAACACCAACAUCCCAUCCCAAAUCACUAAAUUGUUGGAGAGCAUUAAGAUCAACAACAUCAAGACAUUGGCAGACAUUGUAAUUCAAGGAUAUCUCUCCUAUGGUUAUUUGUACUCAAAUGUAACCAAAGAACCAACUGAUCCAAAUCCAGACUUCAUCGAUCACUUAAAUCAGAUGAAGAAUUAUUAUAUUACAGCCAUCAGUGGUGGUGGUGGACUACAGAUAUACAAAGGUAUCCAAUAUCUCAAAGGUAUUGUUCAAGAUUUAUGUUCUCAAGAAUGCAUCAAUGAUAUCAAAAAGUCACAACCAGACCAUCACCUCAAACUCUUAUUCUCACAUAUCAACAACUCAAGUACGCCAUUGGAUUUCAUCAAAGUUGAAGAGAUGACAUCACCAACUCUUCCAAUGUCAUACUAUGCAUACUUUAUGAGAACAUUACAUGAAAUCCUUUCAAUUCUCUAUUUGGAUUCUCAAAACAGUCAAAACCAAAUCAAAGAAUACAACGAACCAUUUAUCACUCAAUUCAACGAUCACACAAAGAAACUAAAAGAAAAAGAAGAGGAAGAGAAAACCAAACAACAACUCGAUGAAUCAGAUGAAGAAGUAUUAACAAUAGAGGAAAAACAAGGGGAAGGGGAAGAAGAGCAGGAAAAGAAAAAUCCAGAACUCAAUUUCAAAUAUUAUGAUAACAAUUAUUGUUUCUUGGACGAGGAUGAUACCAAAGAGGAAGAAGAGGAGCAAGCCAUUGAAAAUGAAUUCAAUUUUAGUCUCAGACCAAUUCUUCCAAUCAAGAAUGUAGACAUUGUUCAUUGUCUAUUCAAUUGGAUCAGAUAUGCCAAUCACAACAUCCCAAUGAUGAUCUCCAAACAAAAAGACUUGGGACCACUCUCCUCACUCUUUCAAAGAUUCUGGUCAAGAUGUCAAAAGAACCAAACAUCUCCGAUUGAUAUCUCUAAACUUUAUCUACAAUUCUCAAUUGUAACAUUUACAUUACCAGGUGAUUUAUUGAUUCAAAUAUUGUCAAUACUGGCUCAAAUGGAAAAUGAUAAUGGUAUCAAGAAACUUUACAGUGCAAAGAUUCAAUCGAUUUGUGGUAAAUGUAAAGCAACAGUUCCAGACAGUCAAAGAAAUGAAAGUAUGCUCUUUGAAAGAGUAUUACCAUUACGUCAAGAUACCAAUGUCCAAGAUCUAAUCAAAGACAUUGCUAAAGAUCAAAGUUCAAAUACAUUCUUUUGCAAACAAUGUGGGACAGUCAAUCAAAUCAAACGAUUAAUGGAAGCUCCACAAUAUUUGUUUGUCAGUUUCAAGAGAGAUAAUAAUGAAAAGGAAAAACAUCAUUUACAAUAUCAAGAGACUAUUAAAUUGGAUGAAUACCAUAAUUCCUCUGGAAUCAUUUAUGAGUAUAAUAUUCAAUCAAUUCUAUGUCGUGAAAAGGACCUGAGCAACAAAGAAAAACCAGUAUUAUAUAUCAAACAUCGAGAACAAGAUAUUCAUCUUAGAUGUGCAACCACUAACAGUGUGAUUACUUCAAACAUUGAAGAGAGUCUAUCAAGAAAUUGUGUGUUGUUGAUUUAUGAAAAAGUACACGAGCACAAGAUAUCAACCCCUGAAGCCGUCACACCUAUUGUCAAUGAAACACCAGAGAAAUUGAAAAGUCCAACAUACAAUCCUCCAAAGAAACAAUUAAGUUCCCAACCCAACAGUAAAAUUUUUAUCCAAGGAUAUAAAACAACGUUGACCAACCAACAACAAGAUAUUUCUUUAUCAUCCAAAUCAAGUCAUCUGCAAUCCACACCACUUGUCAAGCGAGCCACUUUAAUAUUUAAAAAUGAAGAGCUCUUUGGUUGGAUCAAAGAUACCCUCAAAAAUGAUGCCUGUAUUGAUGAAAUCAUUUCAGAUCUACAAACAGAAGGCAUUGACACGUUUGAACAGUUGUUUUCGGCGAUGGACCAGGAUCUCGAGAAGAUAAAAUCUAAAUUCUCAUCUCGUUUGAAAGCAGCCAAAUUCAACUAUAUUUGGAGAGAUGCCGAGACACGAUGUCAACAAAGACCCAAGGUUUUCGGAAAUGAAGAUAUAUUUAAUUGGAUCAGAGCAUACCUUCCAAAUGAAAACAAUAUUGCCGACCAAAUUAUCAUGGAUCUCGAAAGCAAUUCUAUAGACACUUUUGAUAUUUUGUUUGCAUUUAUGGACGAAGAUGGGAAUGGUAUUCAAUCUAAAUUCUCAUCUCGUUUGUCUCAAAACCAUUUUAAUCUCAUUUGGAACAACGCUGAGGAACGACGCCAGCAACGAACUCCAAUCCAAAGUUACCAAGAAUUCGUGGAAUGGGUUGACAAUAUUGGAUUCAAGAAAUCCUCGCUGCCCAAAAUUCAUGAAGCCCUAAAUGAAAUUGGUGUUGACGAUUACGAAUUCCUCGAGAAUGAAAUGGAAUCAGACUCUGAAACUUUAUCAGUCUUUAGUUUAUCUCAUCGUCUAUUAUUCAAAUCUGCUUACAAUAGAACCAUUUUCGAAUAA